GUUAAGGGACUUCAAGAGGCACUCAAGCAUGACCCAUCUGUGUGCUCCAAUUAUUCAAGUUUAUAUGUGGAGAAAACAUUCCCAGCUAUCCAGAACUUCAGUGAGGGCAAUGCCAUUUUCACUUUCCCAUCCACACCCGUCAAAUGUGCAGGAGCACCACAGAAGAUAAUGUACCUUGCUGAGGAUUACUGGAGGAAGAACGGCAAGCGUGAGAAAGUCAACAUCAAGUUCAAUACAUCGCUGGACAAAAUGUUUACUGUGAAAAAAUAUGCAGACGCCCUCACGGAGAUUGCGAGUAGCCGAGGUAUUGCUCGGAAUUUCCUCCACAAUUUAAUUGAAGUGAGACAUGAAAAAAAAGAAGCUGUGUUUGAGAUUCUCAACUCUGGGGAGAAAAAAGAGACAGUUACAUUUCCUUACUCCAUGUUACAUGUCUGCCCACCAAUGAUGACACCAGAUGUGUUGAGAAACAGUUCUCUCGUAGACGCCACUGGUUUUUGCGAUGUCAACAUGUACACGGGACAACAUACUAAGUAUCCCAACGUGUUUGCGAUCGGUGAUUGCGGCAAUUGGCCAACUUCAAAGACUGCUUACGAUGGUUAUACUUCUUGUCCACUUAUCACCCAGUAUGGCAAACUUAUAUUAGCUGAGUUCGGAUACAACGCCGAGGUGUUGGAAACGUUUCCGAUAAUUGAUCAAGGAAAAGAAAGUCGAAUAAUGUACAUUAUGAAGACUGAUAUGAUGCCAAUGAUUUACUGGCAAGGACUACUUAAAGGAUUGUGGAAUGGACCGGGUGUGUGGAGAAAACUGAUGCAUCUUGGGAUGUCUAAGUAG